CUAGAUUCAAAGUAAACACAACAGAAUAAUGCCCACAGUGCAGGUGUGUCUGCAAUGGACGGCAGUGGUUUUCAAUACAUUUACUUUGAUAAUCGGUAGUCUGGCCGCUUUGGCUGGUGCCUAUGAGUUGCUCUACAAAUUGGAGGAGGGCUCUGCGGAGCACAUUGAUAUUGAUAAGCUGGUGCAAUUGGUGAUAGCGGGUACACUCAUUCUGGCAGCCAUCAUUGGCUGCUUGGGCGCCUUUCUGGGAUCUAUCAAAGUGCUGGUUGUGCACUUGGCAAUUUUGGGCUUGUUGAUAACGGCUCACACCUGGAAACUGUCCAACUACAAUGAGACAAAGCAAUUGGAUGCCACCGAAGUGUUUGUUAUGGGCAUUUGGAUGAAGGAGCUGAUUCAUCCCGGUGCCAUGUAUCAGCUGCAGCGUAGGUAUGAAUGCUGCGGUGAUAAAGGUUACUCGGACUACACAAGCCUAAAGAUGAGAAUACCACCGAGCUGUUUCCACACCGUGGAGGGUGUCCAUGCCUUGUAUCCCUAUUCCGAUGGCUGCAUGACGGCUGUCAAGCGGGAACACCUCAACAUUUAUCGUUUGGAAAAGUGGGCACACAUUGGACUCAUCAGCUAUGAGAUGGUGGGCAUCAUUUUGGCCAUAACGCUGAGUUGUCAGCUUACCACCAAAACACGACGCUAUACCUACUAAAACUUAGUAUUUUACUAUGCAUUUGACAUACAAUAAACUACAUAUAUUUAUAACGUUGA